AUCAUUCUGUAUUGUCUUCAUCCCCAAGUUCUUUUCUUCAAGCCUUUUCUCUUUUCCAUAUUGAUCUCUCUUUGCAGGUUGCAGAGAUAGAUAUAUACUGAAAGCUAAGUAGAGAGAAGAGUUAUGGCUUUAGAAGAUGAUAUAAGCAACGGUGAUCCGGAGGUGAGAGCACCUCUGGUCCACCAGCCUAAGAAUAAGGUCGAUGAGGAGGAUGGAACUACUCACCACCGUGGAGGGAAUCAAUGGAUGGUUUAUCUCUCCACGUUUGUUGCAGUCUGUGGUUCUUAUGAAUUCGGAUGCUGUGUAGGUUAUUCAUCACCUACUGAGUCUGCUAUCAUGGAAGAUCUCUCCCUAUCAACAGCAGAAUUUUCAAUGUUUGGUUCUAUAUUGACUUUUGGUGCAAUGAUUGGUGCAAUUACGAGUGGACCUAUUGGUGAUCUUAUUGGUCGUAAGGGGGCAAUGAGGGUAGCUAGUGCCGUUUGUGUUGCAGGGUGGCUUGCUAUUUACUUUGCUAAGGGGGUUAUUCCAUUGGACAUUGGAAGAUUGGCAUCAGGAUAUGGAAUGGGAGUCUAUUCCUAUGUGGUACCGGUUUUCAUAGCUGAAAUUGCACCUAAGGAGCUUCGAGGAGCACUAACAGCUGCAAAUCAGCUCCUGAUUGUUUGUGGAGUUUCUGUUUCCUUUGUUAUAGGGACAUUUGUAACAUGGAGGGCUUUGGCAUUAAUUGGACUCAUUCCUUGUGCAGUUGUGGUUUUUGGUCUCUUCUUCAUUCCAGAGUCUCCAAGAUGGCUGGCGAAGACAGGACGGCACAGGGACUUUGAAGCUGCACUACAGAAACUUCGUGGCAAGGAUGCUGAUAUAUCAGACGAAGCAGCUGAAAUUCAGGACUAUAUAGAAACUCUUGAACAGCUCCCAAAAGCCAAAAUCCUGGACUUGUUUCAAAGAAGAUACUUGCGUUCAGUCAUUAUUGGAGUUGGACUGAUGGUCUUCCAACAAUUUGGAGGAAUCAAUGGAAUCUGCUUCUAUGUCAGCAAUAUUUUUGAGUCAGCAGGGUUCUCUUCCAGCCUUGGGACCAUAAUCUAUGCCGUUCUUCAGGUUGUGGUUACUGCACUUAACACAGUUGUGAUUGAUAGAGCUGGAAGAAAGCCCCUAUUACUGGUGGCUGCAACAGGAUUGGUUAUAGGCUGUCUGCUAACUGGAACUUCAUUCUAUCUUAAGGGACAUGGGCUGGCAGUCAACACAGCUCCAAUUCUUGCAGUAGUAGGCAUACUGGUAUACAUAGGAUUUUUUUCAGCAGGGAUGGGUUCAGUUCCUUGGGUUGUAAUGUCUGAGAUAUUCCCAAUAAAUAUCAAAGGAGUAGCAGGAAGCCUAGCAACACUGGUCAACUGGUUUGGUGCAUGGGCAGUUUCAUACACUUUCAAUUUCCUUGUGGAUUGGAGCUCCUAUGGAACAUUUUUCCUCUAUGCUGCAAUCAAUGCACUGGCUAUAGUAUUUGUGAUCACAGUGGUACCUGAAACAAAGGGGAGAACCCUGGAGCAAAUUCAAGCAGCCAUCAAUGCAUAGAGAAUCAACAAAAUUGAAAUAAAUCAUUUCUUUUUUGGAAAUCCAAGUUUGAAAAUUUGACAACCCCAUCAGACAUUUUGAGAAAUGGGAGAUGAGAUUCUUCUAGAACCAAAGAAACAAGGCAAUUGUCAAGGGGCCAUAGUUUUAUGCUUUUUGUAAUGGAAAUGGGAUUUCAUCAAUGCAGAAAGAUAAUGCAUAAAGACAGCAUCUCUUAGGAGAAGGAAUAAGAAAAAAAGUCUCAACUUUCUCCGUGUAAGAGGAUCUCUAUAGAGAUAGAAGUGAAAUUUCUUUCUUCUUCCCUCCCUUUCUGCAUCCUGUUCUUGUUCAUACCAUCAGAGCCAAAGAGAAUGCAUCAAUCCAACAAAAAAAAUGCAGGAUU